AUGUUCACGUCUAGGUAUGAGUAUAUAGCCCUCUUGGGGUCUUUGGUCCUUGUUCUGCUUGAGACAAUCAUUCAUUUGAUUACUUGGUGCCUACCCGGCCCUAUCAUCACAUUCUGCUAUGGCCAAUCCAAGGCGCUUUUCAACCUUUUAAUACCUGGUGAAUCCCGGCUUAAGCGCACCAAAGAGGAAAUAUUCGCCACCUCUAUUGCAGACGCGUCAGAUUUCACCGAGAUAUGUGCACUCUUCGGGUACCAAGCCGAGGAGCACAUUGUACAAACAAGCGAUGGUUACCUUCUGGGACUUCAUCGGCUGGCAUAUCGAAAAGGAGAAGAAAAAAUGCGCGUCAAUAAUGGUCCCAAUGGGCUUCGGAAGAAAGUCGUCUACCUCCACCACGGCCUGAUGAUGUCCAGUGAGGUGUGGGUAGCCUUGACAGACGAGCAACGGUGCCUGCCCUUCCAGCUGGUGGAAGGGGGAUACGAUGUAUGGCUGGGGAAUAACCGUGGAAAUAAAUACUCCAAGAAGUCGAUCCGAUGCUCGCCGAGUUCCAAUGAGUUUUGGGAUUUCUCUAUCGAUCAGUUCGCCUUCUCUGAUAUCCCCAACAGCAUCGAGUACAUCCUCGAGGUGACCGAUCAGCUGUCAUUGUCCUAUAUUGGAUUCUCCCAGGGGACAGCGCAGGCAUUCGCUACGCUCGCUAUUCAUCCAUUGCUCAACCAGAAGAUUGAUGUGUUUGUGGCACUUGCGCCGGCCAUGGCUCCUUCGGGUCUCCGCAACCGCAUUGUUGAUUCACUUAUGAAAGCCUCUCCGGACUUUUUGUUCCUGUUAUUCGGUCGACGCAGCAUCCUGUCCUCGACAACCAUGUGGCAGACGAUACUGUACCCGCCGAUCUUCGUGCGCAUUAUCGACACAGCGCUCCGAGCCCUCUUCAACUGGAAAUGCCGCAACAUUAGUCAAACACAAAAGCUUGCUGCGUAUUUGCAUCUAUAUUCCUUCACCAGCACCAAGUCUGUGGUGCAUUGGUUCCAGAUCAUUCGGAACAAGAAUUUCCAGUUCUACGACGAUGAACUCUAUGCCCCGUUCAGCUUAGCCGCCAGCGAGCGCUUUUACAAGCCGGUUAAAUACCCUACUCGCAACAUCAAGACGCCCAUUGUGCUGCUGUACGGCGACAACGAUAGUCUCGUUGAUAUCGGCGUGAUGUUAAAGGGGCUGCCACAUGACACUGUCGCCCAGGCGAUUCCCACCUACGAGCAUCUAGACUUUUUGUGGGCCUCGGACGUUGACCGCCAAGUCUUCGGUUAUGUGUUUAAUGCGCUCGAGACGUACAGCCGGGGAGGUCCGUUGGCAGGCAGUACGGGGCCUGAGAACCACGGAUUUGUCGCCGACGGUCGUGUUUCCAAUACGUCGGCUGCCCGAAAAACCCACGUCUUCCCCAAUGAUGUAGCCUACGGGGCCACACCCUGA